CGGCAAGACGUCCCGGGGCGUCUUUAAACAAUCAGCCCGUUCUUCUUUUCAGACCCUCACCUCUUUUCCUCCCCAACUGUACAACUGUACAAUGCAGGCUGCACGACAAGCCCGCCUUAUGUCCAUGAGCAGGACGCUUGUCCGCUCUCACGUGCAUGCACAAAAACAUUUCUUGACAGCUUCGACUUCCAGAGCCCAAUCAGGGUCUGUAGCCUCGACGGCCGCCGCUGCGUCACAGAUUCCACCACCACCCCCAUCGCAAGGGAGAUGGAGAUACUUUUUGCAGACUCUGGGACGUGUGACACUCGUAACAGUGAUUGGAGCUUCUGCAACCUUCUACUACAUUGCACAUAAGGAAAAAAAUCCGGGGCCACAACUCCCCUUCGAUCCCUCAAAGAAGACCCUGGUCAUUUUAGGCAGCGGUUGGGGAGCGACGAGCCUGCUCAAGGGGCUCGACACCAGCGACUAUAACACUAUCGUCGUCUCCCCGAAGAACUUCUUCCUCUUCACGCCCCUCCUUCCCUCCGUGGCAGUCGGCACACUGAAUGCACGAUCAAUCCUCCAGCCUACUCGCUACCUGACACGACACAAACAACGCCAAGUUUUAGUCAUUGAAGCAGAGGCCAAGGAAGUUGACCCGGUUAACAAAACUGUCACGCUCUCAGAUGACUCUGAGAUCCAAGGUCAAAUAUCCAGCACGACUAUACCGUACGAUUAUCUUGUAUAUGCCGUCGGUGCUGAGACGCAGACAUUUGGUAUUCCCGGCGUGAAGGAGCACGCAUGCUUCAUGAAGGAACUGCAUGAUGCUGAGAAGAUGCAAAGACGGUUUUUGGACUGCGUAGAGAGUGCUGCCUUCCCAGGCCAAAGUGACGAGGAGAAAGACCGGUUAUUGCAUAUGGUUGUAGUAGGCGGUGGACCAACAGGUAUCGAACUUAGUGGCGAACUCCGUGACUUCCUCGAGGAGGACCUCAAGUCAUGGUACCCAGAGCUUGCUUCACGGAUUCGCAUCACUCUGGUUGAGGCUCUUCCCAAUGUUCUUCCCUCAUUCAGCAAAGAGCUGAUUGCGUAUACCGAGCGCACCUUCAAGGAGUCCGAUAUCGAUAUCCUCACGAAGACCAUGGUGAAGAAGGUCAACGAGAAGAGCGUCGUUCUCAAGGGUCCCGAUGGUGUUGAACGGGAGGUGCCGUGCGGGAUGGUGGUCUGGGCUGCUGGCAACACGAGUCGCCAAAUAACACGGGAUUUGAUGGCGAAGCUCCCUGAAGACCAGACGAACAAGCGCGGGAUUACUGUCGACGACCACCUCCGCAUGAAGGGAGCUCGCGAUAUCUUCGCUGUCGGUGACUGUACAGCCUCGUCUUAUGCUCCGACCGCCCAGGUCGCAAGCCAGCAGGGUUCAUACCUUUCGCGCGUGUUCAAGUUGCUUGCGAAGAAAGACAACCUCGAGGCUGACCUGGCUCGUGCUGAGACCGGCGAAGAGGCAGAGAAACUGAAGAAGCGGGUGGAUAGGGUCAAGUUGAAGCCUUUCCAUUACAGUCAUCAAGGAUCGUUGGCUUACAUUGGCUCGGACAAAGCAAUUGCUGAUUUGCCUAUCUUCGGGCGUGAGUGGACCAGUGGAGGUGUUGCGACGUUCAUGUUUUGGCGGAGUGCCUACCUGAGCACUCUAUUCUCCCUGCGAAACCGAAGUUUGGUUGCUGGAGACUGGGUAAGGGUGAAGUUGUGGGGACGUGACGUGAGCAGGGAGUGAGCGCUCAAACGCUCAACUAGCGAACUCGACAGGAUGGAAUUUCAUGAUCACAUUUCUAGACAUUAUAGACUAUAGAGGCACAUCUUUUCUCCCCGUUUAUCAUUCACUCAUUCAUGCUACGUCAUCGCUUUUGUAGCUGUCUCUCCCUCAGCCACGGGUUGAGUUGGCCUUCCGUUCUUUCACGUUUUCUUAUCUCAUCUUGCGUACCAUGCAUAGUUUUCGUAGUUGUUAUUGUGGAUGGGUGUUGGGAAGAGUCAUAGACGCUGCUCCUCGAGGUGCAUGCAUUGAUUGAUAGACGUAGUCUACUGAGAAACAUAUUCUAAUUACAUAACUCAAGCAGCGAAUCUGACAGCCUGUCUGUUGAAUACCAAAUUUCCCACUUCUUGCCGAG